CAAGUAAUCAACAAAAGUAACGAAUAGCGUUUCAAAUGCGUUGCCAUAUGCAGCACUAGUUGUCAAAGUCUGUCAUUGCAGUUAGUGGAAGAAACAAGAUGGCAUUUGGCGAUUAUCCAGCUGAGUAUAACCCAAAGGUUCAUGGGCCAUAUGAUCCGGCACGUUAUUAUGGCAAAGCUGAUGUACCAUUCGGUCAAAUUAAAGUUGGUGAGAUUGGGGCAUGGUUGAGCCGCCGCAAUAAAUCGCCUCAAGCUAUUGCUGGCGCAUUCAGUCGUGCUUGGUGGCGCUGGCAGCACAAGUAUGUGCAGCCCAAGCGUGCUGGUAUUGCACCUUUUUUCCAGAUUACUGUCGCUGCCAUGACCUUCUUCUACGCAAUCAACUACGGCAAAAUGAGACACCACAGAAACUACAAAUACCACUAAACUAUUAAGUUAAUGGAACAAUACCGUUUCCCAAGACUUGGUAUUUGUGCGUUGUGCGAUGUAAGUGUGAAGUAAUAGAAAAAUAAACAUCAAACACUUCUA